AUGUCGUCGCUUGCUCAGCCGCCCCAUACUGCCAGCCGCACCUCACGCUGCUCCUCUCUCGCCGCGCCCUUUCACCCGGGCGCGGCAAGGCACCCCCACCUCCCCUCACCUCCUCCUCCUUUCCCUUUUCCCAACCCCUCUCUGUGCUCCCCGUGGCGCCACUGCAGGGAAGACAGUAGGGUAGCAGCGCCUUCGGCAGCCAUGAAGUUUGCCACUGCAGCCGCCGCGCUGCUGCUCGUCUCCGUCGCCGCGGCUUCCGCCAAGAGAGCCGCACUGCGCAGCCCGCUCGCCCAGCCUCUAUCCUCCAGUGGUGGCAGCGCCACGCUGGGGCAGGACUAUGCGCGGCGGGAGAUGGUGCAGGUUGCGCCAGCGGCAGCGGCGGCGUGGGGGGAGAAGAGGCAGGUGGUGGUGCUGAGCGACAUCCACAUCGGCGACGGCAGCCCCACGCAGAACUACCAGGCGCACGUGCACGAGGGAUACCUGCUGGGCGUGCUGGACGACAUAGUGGCGCGCAAUGAGUCCAUCGCCGAGGUGGUGCUGGCGGGCGACAUCUUUGAGUUGUGGUGCUACCCCUUCCACACCCACCCGCCCUCCCUCGCCGCCAUCCUCGCUGCCAACCCCAACCUCUUUGGCCCCACGGGCGGCUUCGCGCGCGUGCUGGACGCACUGGGGGGGCGAGUGACCUUCAUCCCCGGCAACCACGACAUGCACCUCACUGCCGAUGACGUGGCGCAGAUCAGGUCCCCGGGGGGCCACUACGUCAAGUUCGCUGCGCGCAGCUACAGCCCGGGCGGCGACACGUGCGUGGUGAUGGCACACGGGCACGAGGCGGCCAUGUUCAACGCGCCGGACAAGAGCAGCAAGUGGGCGCCACUGCCCAUGGGGCACUUCGUCUCCCGGGUCGUCUCCUCAUACUGGGCCGCCCACCUGCCGCCCAACACCACAGUGGGUGACCUGCCGAAUCUGGGGAACCCCAGCAGCAGCUCAACAGGCAGCUACCUGCUGCCCAUCCUGCUUGGCAUCCAGGCCGGCAACUUCUCCGUCGCCCCUCAGGUUCUGGACGCCUACGCACGCUUCUACGGGGCCAAUCAGAGUGCAGAGAUCAUCAUGCGCGACGGCACGACCACGACGAUUGCGGAGGCGAAGCAAGAGUAUGCGCUGCUGUUCCAGAGGUGGAUUCAGGACAACGGGGGCGGCGCUGCUGGGGUGCAGGUGGCGCUCAAGGCGCUGUGGGUGGACAUGGACUCGAGCUACAUGGGGUGGUUCGCCACCAAGCACGCGCUGGAGUCGGGGGCCAGCCUGGUUGUGUACGGCCACACGCACGUGCCGGUGCGCGGGCUCGUGAACCCCAUGCUGGCCAACUACAUCAACACGGGGUUUGAGUGCGCUGGCGCGCCCGACCUGCAGAGCGGCAGCAAGGCGUUCAGCUUCCUCACCAUCGACAUGCCCACGCUGCCCGGCUCCCUCAACAACGUGCUGCGCAGCGGCAGCACGUACAGCAUCGCGGCAGACGUGGGCGCGGGGGCGCAGGACGUGGUGGAGGGCGGCACGCAGGACUACUCGUCGUAUGCCGUCAUUGAUAACUCCGCCAGCACCCUGGACCUCACGCUCGCUGGCAGCACGGCCACCCAGGGCCGCUUCGUGGUGCUGCCCACCAGCAUCAAGGCAGGCACCCGCGCUGCUGUGUGGGUGCAGGACUUCCCAGCGCCACCCAUCUAG